AAUUCCCGCCGGUCUGAGAAGUCCAGCUCCACGGAACCCACGAAAACAAGCACGGAGCAUAGAGGCUCUACUUUGCAGAAGCUGCAGAAGGUCAUUGAGUUAUCCAGACCUAUAGGACUGGACACCCCUGCUCACCCAUUCCAGCCAGGAGACUGGGUCUACGUCAAGUGGUGGAACAGUGACCCCUUGAGAGCCAGGUGGAGAGGACCUUACCAAGUCCUGCUGACCUCCCUCACCUCCGUCAAAGUUGCUGGCAGAGAACCCUGGUUCCACUACUCUAGAGUCAAGAAAGCAUCAGCUCCUGGGACAACCAACCAGACAGAACCAGACACCGACGACGAGGAUGUGGAAUAGACUGCUUGUUCUGUGUAUUCUGUUCAUGCAACCGGUAACCAUGAACCGAGUUUGGGACCAAAAAUUGCAUGUGGCCCUAGUCCAAAACGUAUCUAAAAUUCUCCGAAAAACGGAAUGCUGGAUUUGUACUCAAGUACCAGCAAUUGACGAUGAGAAUAGUGAGUGGCCCCUAAUUGGCAUUUUACUAAACGAGACAAACUUCGGUAAAUCCAUGAUGAAUUUCCCAGGGUCCUGGAAGCCAGUUACAGAGGCCUAUUACCCGGUGGCCCUAAGUAAUGUAAUUUCUAAUCAGGAUGUUGUUCCCUGUAUGAUCAUAAACGCUACAGGAAAAAUCAUUCUCCCCCCCUACUGUGAUAAAAACAAUUUAAAAGAAGAAAUAAACCCAGAAAUUGUUGCAGGGAUGGCACAGUUCCCUUUGAGAUUAAUUCCUCCCCAGGGUUCGGGAUGGUAUUGGAUUUGUGAAAAGGAAGCCUGGAAAGUUUUGCCUCUUGAUAAGGAUCGGGCCUGUGCUCUGGGAGCAGUGAUUCCAAAUAUAACAAUCCUCGAUCCAAUUGAUGAACCAGAAUGGGAAAGACCCUAUCCAAAAAGAGUGAAAAGAACUAGCAAUCCCCUCAUUGAGCACCCUACGAUUUUCCAUAGCAUAAUCAGAGCUUUAAUCCCAUCUCUAGGAGUGAGUGAAUUGGAAAAGGCAAUUGUAAAUAUUUCGGCUGUUAUGGAAAACAUACAAGAUCACACUCUGGAUGCAAUUGAAACCCUGAAAGAACAGUUCCAAAGCUUGUCUCGUGUGGUAAUACAAAACAGAAUGGCCCUCAAUUUUUUGCUAGCCUCACAAGGAGGUGUGUGUAAAGUCAUCAAUACCAGCUGCUGUUCUUACAUAGAUCAGACUGGUAGAAUUAAUAAUGAUUUGGCCGCAAUUCGAAAUCAAACCGAAAUUUUUCAUCAGAUAUCUCUGGAUGAUGUCUCCCUAGGUUUAGGAGACGUCCUCAACAAACUCACCUCAUGGUUACCGAACUGGACAUGGAUGAAACAACUGUUUAUCUUAGUAUUGUAUAUACUUAGUGUUAGUGUAAUAGCUCACUGCAUACACCGAUUUUAUAGUUGUUGUAAGUGUAGGUAGUAGAGAUUGGACAAAGACCUUUGGGUUUUGUCCAGUCUCUAAGGGGGGAACUGAUGCCUUAAGCCCCUAAUGGUUUUUUUUAUUUUUCUAAUAGUUAUAAGACUUGUAAAUUUUAUAGGUAGGUU